ACCAACUACACCCACUUUCACCACAAUCACAAAAACAUUCACUAAAACAAUUACCUUCCACAAUCUUAAAAAACAAUUUUCAACAAAAUUCAAGCAAACAGUCUUUUUUCUUCCACAAUGAUAGCAUGUCACUCAUAUCGGUAAAGACACAAUAAAGGACUUAAAACUAAUUCCUCGCUAUCUCCAAGUUUAUAACGAGAUUUCGUAAUGUAUCGUAGAACGACGACCCACAUGGAUACUGGAACAAGGCGUUCGUCCUGGACGAAACAGGAAAGAAGUCCAUCGAUCGACCCAGAGACUCCCAAAUUUCACGGAUUUCAUGUUCGGAGGCACCGAAGGAACCCAAAGACAAAAGCAGAUGGAACAACAGCAUCGAGUUUCUGAUGUCCUGCAUCGCCAUGUCGAUUGGCUUUGGAAACAUUUGGAGAUUUCCUUUUACCGCCUAUGAAAACGGUGGAGGAGUCUUCCUGAUUCCUUAUAUCAUCGUCCUGUUUCUUGUCGGGAAGCCGUUUUAUUAUUUAGAGAUGGUACUUGGACAAUUCUCUUCGUCCUCUUCUAUUGGAGUUUGGAACCUGUCUCCUGCUUUCGUUGGUGUUGGCUGGUCACAGUUUUACUCGAAUAUUGCCGUGAUGACGUACUAUAGCUCGCUGUUGGCUUUGUCAUUGAUCUACCUGGUUAGUUCCUUCUCUGCUGAACUACCGUGGGCUAAGUGCAAGGAAGAAUGGGGAUCCGUUUGUAUUGAUUCUGGCAGGAAGAUGAGCAACAAUGUUAGCAUAUUGGCAGACGAUCAACAUAGAAGUUCGGCGGAACUGUACUUCUUAAAGACGGUCCUUCAAGAAAAAGACAGUAUUGACGACGGUAUCGGAUUGCCAGAUUGGAAAUUAACACUGUGUCUCUUCAUCAGCUGGUUAUCCGUCGUGCUCAUCACCUUCCAGGGAGUGAAGAGUUCAGGGAAAGCUUCCUACUUCCUCGCAAUUUUCCCUUACAUAAUUUUGGUCAGCCUCCUAGUCAGAGCAGUGACUCUCGAAGGAGCGGUAGACGGAAUUUUAUUCUUCAUUACCCCAAAAUGGUCCAUGCUCCUAGAACCAACUGUGUGGUACGCAGCCGUGACACAGUGCUUCUUUUCUCUUUCUGUCUGUUUUGGCGCGAUUAUCACGUACUCGUGUCACAACGACUUCAAACAUAAUGUGUAUAGAGACGCUAUGAUCGUGACCAGCUUGGACACCGUGACCAGCUUAUUAGCAGGAUGUACGAUUUUCGGAAUUCUUGGAAACCUAGCUCACGAAAUGAACGUCGACGAUAUUGGUGCAGUGGUAAAAUCGGGAGCUGGCUUAGCAUUUAUCUCAUAUCCAGAUGCGAUAGCUAAAUUUGAAGUGUUACCACAGCUGUUUUCAGUGCUGUUUUUUGUCAUGAUGUUCGUUCUGGGAGUAGGAAGCAUAGUAGGAAUGGUCUCCGCAAUAGUGGACGCUCUGAAAGAAAAAUUUCCUGAUAUUCCAUUGUGGAAGGUUGUCACUGCAAUUUGUUCCAUGGGAUUUGCUGUCAGUACUGUGUAUGUGACACCGGGUGGACAAUUCUUGCUAACGCUAGUCGACUACUAUGACACAUCCUUUGUGGUAUUCGUCCUCGCAUCCUUUGAAAUCACUGCCGUCACCUGGGUAUAUGGUACCGAAAAUCUUAUCGAUGACAUAGAAUUUAUGCUGGAUAGAAGAAUGAGCUGUUACUGGAGAAUUUGUUGGUUUCUCGUGACACCGUUAAUUUUGAUAGUCAUCUUCUUCUAUACGGUAGCUACCUUGUCUCCGUUGACUUACGGCGGCAAAGAGCUACCAGUCUCCGCUCAUGCGGCUGGAAUAGCCAUACUUUGCUACAGUGUGUUGCAAAUACCUUUCUGGGUAAUUGUGCAGAUGGUGAAAAAUAGAGAUCUACCUUUUAUACAGAACGUGAAGAAGUCUUUUCUACCGUCUCCAGAAUGGGGUCCCCGAGAAAUUAAGUACAAGAAAGACUGGCUUCGGUUCAAGGAAGAAAAGGCCAAAGCAAGGAGUCUGAAACCUGGUCCUAAAUGGCGUAAAUUACUACACAUGUUAAUCGGCAAAGAUAAAUAAUUUGAGACUGAAAUCCAUAACGAAUCUCUUGUUAGAAAAGUAUUCGAUACUUCGAAUUCCAUUUGUGAUUACUAAAAUGAAGUAACAACUGAAUAUUUAUUCAAGAAUUAUUUUUAACAGUGAAAAGAUGUGUACAAAA